GAAGUAGUUGGUGGAGGCGGUGGGAGGAGUUAGACCAAGGUCAGGCUGUCAUACUUAGUUGUAAUCUUUAGCUCUCCAGCCGUGGUGUUACAUUAGUAGAUGAUGCUCUGCAGACUGAGCCUGUUCGGCAGAACAAGCCUUAAACUUGUUCCUGCAUUGGGAUGCCCUUCCUCCAGACAGAAACACACAUUGCCUGACUUGCCUUAUGAUUUCGGUGCACUGCAGCCUCACAUCAGUGCUGAGAUUAUGCAGCUCCAUCACAAUAAACAUCACGCUGCCUAUGUCAACAACCUAAAUAUUGCAGAGGAGAAAUAUGCAGAGGCUUUGGCCAAAGGAGAUGUUACUGCUCAGAUUUCACUACAGCCUGCUCUUAAAUUUAAUGGCGGAGGCCAUGUAAAUCACUCAAUAUUCUGGACAAACCUUUCUCCCAGCGGUGGAGGAGAACCCCAAGGUGAACUUUUGGAAGCAAUAAAAUGCGACUUUGGUUCUUUCGAGAAGUUUAAAGAUAAACUUACAUCUAUGUCAGUGGCAGUUCAGGGAUCCGGAUGGGCCUGGCUUGGUUAUAACAAAGAAUCUAAGCGCUUACAAGUUGCCGCCUGUGCUAACCAAGAUCCUCUGCAAGGAACAACAGGUCUUAUUCCUCUUCUGGGCAUUGAUGUAUGGGAGCAUGCUUACUACUUGCAGUAUAAAAAUGUUAGACCAGACUACCUGAAAGCCAUCUGGAAUGUUAUCAACUGGCAGAAUGUGUCUGAAAGAUAUCAGGCUUCUAAAAAAUAAGCUAGUGCCUUUCGCUACCUAUUGCGUCCUUUAAAAAGCACUUACAACUUAUUGUAAUUUCUACAAUUACUAAUAGAAUUGAUCAGAGUUGUUAUUUUAUUGUAGCUUCACAUUUAAUACAUUUAUUUUUCAAAGCUGUGUUAAGAUAUUGGCAGUUUGUAAAGUUGCGCAAGAAUUAUACUUGCCACCAAGAAUAAACUGAACUUUCACCAUGUU